UCAAACGUGAGCUUAAUGUUUUUAUUGUCGUAUUUGGCCUUUUUGGUAUUGAAGGUCUUUUUCUUUUGCUGAUCAUGUUUAAUAUGGCAAUAUUUCAGUUUUCUAAUAUGUAAAAGUCUCAGUUAUUAUAUUAUAUUGCUAUAUUACUUUUGUAAAUGCGAUCUGUAAAGGUCGAUGUAAGAAUUACGUUACAGUUUUUCUUUUGUUGUGAUUGAAAUGACAGUGGGAUUUAUGCGACUUGGAAAGAAAACACAUGUAGAAAACUAUGUUUUAAAUAGUAAAGAGUCAUUUUAUUAAAUAGUAAAUUAAAAAUUAAGAUUAGUAAUCUAGUUGUAAAUGAUCUCGUAAGCAUGUUGUUUAUAGUACAUAUUGGUCUAUUAACGUAUACAGCUGACGAACUAUACAGCUGUUCCAUGAAUUUUAGUGAUCUAUGUCAGUAGGUAGAAAGGCAGUUUUGCACAACUUGUUAAUAGUAUUAAAAAAGGAAAAUGAGUAAAUGCAUUCAAGAGCCGAAAAAAAAGUUUUACCUGGGACAACAUCAGAUACUCAAGAAAAACAAAGAUUCAAGCUACUUUCCAGAGACAACGGCUAAGAUGACCGAGAUUUCAGUCGAAAGAGAUCAUGCCAAAACUAUUAGUAUGCCAAUCAGAAAACUGCAGUCUGCUGGAGCCCCCACUUUGCCCACAGAGGAGGGGGGAGUCCCUGAUGCUGUGGUCCCAUAUCAGGCAUCUAAGAACAGAGUGAACAUACUGCCAAAGUGCCGGGAAAAUCUGAGCAAUCUGUCUGCAUGUGGCAAGACGUUAUGUGAGAAAAGGACUGACUUCACACGGAUCGCACAGCAGAAUCUUCAAAAACCAGAUAUGCAAGGAGUAAAGGAAACUAGAUCCACAAAUGCACCUGCUCCAGGCAAUUCAAGGGACUUCAUCCUUUUCAGCCCUACAUGUCUGAGUGUCACUCGUGAGAAGAAGGAUCCUUCUGGAAACCUCUCGGCCUCAGUGUUAACUCCGCCACCUGAGCUCAGUUUGCUCGGCGAGACCCUUGUUGAUCCGGGACAGAGCAUUCAUAUGAAUAUUCCUCCUGAUAAGUCUGAUAAGCUGCUUUUGUCCAGCUGGGGUCUCCCAAAACCUGUGCUUGAGAGGUACCAGUGUUUAGGGGUGACUAAGAUGUUCGAGUGGCAGGCUGAGUGUCUCACUCUCGGAAAGGUCCUAGAAGGCAAGAAUUUGGUGUACUCUGCUCCUACCAGUGCUGGCAAAACGUUAGUGGCCGAGUUAUUAAUGUUGAAAAGAGUCCUGGAAAGUAAGAGGAAGGCUCUGUUUAUUCUGCCCUUUGUGUCAGUGGCAAAAGAAAAAAUGCAUUACCUCCAGAAAGUAUUCCAGGAAGCAGGGAUCAGAGUAGAGGGCUACAUGGGCAAUACCUCUCCAGCUAGUGGUUUCUCUGCUCUUGACGUUGCUGUAUGCACCAUCGAAAAAGCCAACGGACUGAUAAACAGGCUGAUCGAAGAGAACAAACUAGAUCUUCUCGGAAUAAUAGUAGUAGAUGAGCUACACAUGCUCGGGGAUUCUGGUCGGGGAUAUUUGUUGGAGCUGCUGCUCACCAAGAUACGCUACGUCUCGCAGAAAUCACUCGCGAGGAGAUCUCCAGAAGAUGCUCCAGAGUUCAGUGAAGGGAUCCAGAUUGUGGGGAUGAGUGCCACUUUGCCCAAUCUGGACUUGUUGGCCCGUUGGCUGAAUGCAGAUUUGUAUCACACUGAUUAUCGACCGGUACCCCUGAUGGAACAGCUGAAGAUUGGCAAUAAGAUCUAUGAUGGUUCAUUGAAUUUGGUUCGGGAUUUCAAACCCACUUUGCAAGUGAAGGGAGACGACGAUCAUAUUGUCAGCCUGUGUUUUGAAACGAUUCAAGAUGGCAACUCUGUGCUACUGUUUUGUCCAUCUAAAAACUGGUGUGAAAAGUUGGCUGACAGCAUAGCUUGUGAGUUGUUUAAUCUACAGCGCAGAACUGCGCAGUCUGCUGAAGGAUCUAAAGAGGUACAGUUGAAUCCCAAUUCCUUGCCGCUGUCCUGGAAUCGUGAGGGACUGCAGGAUGUAUUGGCCCAGCUGAAACGGUCCCCUGCUGGACUGGACCAGGUACUGCAACGGACUGUUCCAUGGAGGGUUGCGUUCCACCAUGCAGGACUGACAUUUGAGGAGCGGGACAUUCUGGAGGGCGCUUUCCGGCAGGGCUACAUAAAAAUUCUAGCAGCCACCUCUACCUUGUCUUCUGGAGUUAACCUGCCUGCCCGGCGAGUCAUUAUAAGGACCCCUGUCUUCAACGGUCACCUGCUGGACAUCCUCACCUACAAGCAAAUGUCAGGCCGAGCUGGACGUAAAGGGGUAGAUACAAAGGGGGAGAGCCUCUUGGUGUGCAAGGAGUCGGAGCGGCUGAAGGGAAUUGGUUUAAUACAGGGCUCCCUGAAGCCAGUAAACAGCUGUCUGGUCAAGAAGGAGGGAGAGGGGGUCACCACCAGCAUGAUCAGAGCUAUACUGGAGAUUAUUGUUGGGGGAGUGGCCAGCACUCCGGAGGAUGUGAUGUCAUACGCCUCCUGCACCUUGCUGGCCACCAGCCUGUGCGCUGAGAAUGUGGGCGGGGCAGAGUCAGGAGAGAGCAGUGCGGCAAAGAAGCCACCUGAGUCCCAGGGAGCCAUCGAGGCCUGUGUGGAUUGGCUAAUGGAGAAUGAGUUCAUUCAGCUACAGGAAGAGGGCGACGGAGAUCACAAAGUUAAAACAUUUCGGCCCACUCACCUGGGUGCCGCAACGCUCUCCUCCUCCUUGUCUCCCCCGGAGGCCUUAGGAAUAUUUGCUGAUCUGCAGCGGGCAAUGAAGGGCUUUGUCCUUGAGAAUGACCUCCAUAUACUUUACCUGAUCACCCCAGUAUAUGCAGAGUGGACGACAAUAAACUGGUACCAGUUCUACUGUCUCUGGGAGAGUUUGCCUACGUCCAUGAAGCGUGUGGCUGAAAUGGUGGGAAUCCAGGAGAGCGUUCUCGCACGUUCUGUCGGAGGAAAAAUCCCGACCAAAACCGAGAAGCAGCACAGGCAGAUGGCUAUUCAUAAACGUUUCUUCACCACCCUUGUUCUGCUCGACCUCAUCGACGAGAUGCCCCUCGGAAACAUUGCACGGAAGUACGGAUGCAGCAGAGGACAGCUCCAGUCUCUGCAACAGGCAGCAUCCUCUUACGCUGGUAUGGUGACGGUUUUCUGCAACCGGCUUGGGUGGCACAACUUGGAGAUUCUUCUCUCGCAGUUCCAGAGCCGCCUGAGCUUCGGUGUGCAGAGAGAGCUCUGUGACUUGGUGAGGAUAUCGCUGCUGAAUGCGCAGCGUGCCCGAGUGCUCUACAGCGCUGGGUUUGUCACUGUGUCCGAGAUCGCCAGGGCUAGCGCUGCUGAUGUGGAAAAGGCCCUGAGGAAGACCGUCCCAUUUAAAAGCUCUCGACAAGCGGUGGAUGAAAGCGAGCAAGACGUGCAAGAGCGAAGAGCCACUCGCUGCAUUUGGGUCAGCGGAAGGAGGGGCCUGACUGAGACGGAGGCAGCGCUGGAGAUAGUGGCUGAGGCCAGAAUACUUCUCCAGCAGGACCUGGCCCUUCUCGGGGUGCACUGGAGCCCUGACUUGUGUUCAAAUGAUGUCGAGCGAACACGUUCAUCUGAGGAUUCAUGUGACAGGAGGCAGAACAUUCCUGCCCCCGUGGACAGACAUCAAGAAGGGAGUGGGUCACUAAAAAAGGAAAAUACAACGAUGGAUUACGUGAAAGAUUCUGUCACAUCUGCUCCAUUAAAUUCAGCAUUAGGAAAUGCACAUCCCGCGGAUCAGGGGCCAUAUAUGCAGUCUAAUGCGUUGGUCAAAGUCCUGAAAUCCAUAAAAGCGAACAGAAUAUAUGCUAAAGAUGAAGUAACUGACGGUCAACUAAAAGCCCCACAUGGUUCUGACUCAAGUCAUAACUUAAGGAAAGACGGAACUGCUGAUGUGCGUUGUAACACACCCAGUAAGCUUGCUGUAGUUCACGUAUCCAAACGUAGAAAGGUGGAGAGCUAUGCAGCAGAAACCCCAGGGCGCAGUGAGGUCGCCCUUCUCCCUGGCAUCGCUCCUCAAAGUUCUACGGCCAGUUGUAAGAAAGAGGACUUCUUGCCAGCUUCUCCUGAAAAGAAUCCUGAGAAGAAUCGGUCACCAUCCCCCGAACAUACGGAUUUGAAAAUGCUUCGCUUACUACAGGAUCCUCAUCAAGAUGAUAGAAAUGUGGAAGCGACUCAAUUAUUGAGUUCUAAUGGAAUGCUGAAGCGGAACCGUCUCGGAGGGACGGAUGGCCGGCCUGCUUUGCCGGAGUCGCACAGAAAUGUCUCUGUUGUCAGUGGGAAAAAAUGUAGGCAAAAAUUGAAACAUUGUAGUAGUAAAAUUGACUGCAAUGCAACACUGUAUGAAAGAGCAAAUGGAGAAGAUACAGGGGUUACUGGAAAGAAUGCCGGAACUCUAACAUUGAAUGAGAACAAUGCUGAUGUGCCUCUAGAAGCUGAAGAGAGAUGUCAGUCCCCUGACCUUUAUAGAGAUGAUGCGAAUGAGUUUGGGGACAGUUUUGAGCUGGACACACAGAUGGAGCGAAUAUUAAUUCAGCAAGAUCCCUAUUUCAACAUGAAGAAUACACGAUUGGAAGGCGAUGAUCGUCCUCAUACUCAGGACUUGAGAGAAAAUCUCUCUGGUUGUGAACAUUUAAAGUCCGCUGAGAAUCUAGCCAGUACAGCAGCAAUGCUUCCCAAAUGCAGCUCGAAAAAUGAUUCCCAACAGUGUAACUCAGCCAGUGACACCAUACCCAGAUAUAACAUCUCCAUGACUGACAGCCAAAUGGAAAAUAUACUUAAUUACAGUGGACUGUCUUCCAAUGACUUAGAGGAGGAAUCUGAUGCCGUUAAGUUUAGCAUACGUUCAGAUGAAUACCGUGGAUCCGAGAGAAAUCGGCCGUCUUCGAAAAGCGAGGAUAGUCUCAACGGAAGCAGUGGCUUCCUUUUUGAUAGCUUGUAUGACAGUUUGGUGCUAGAUGGCCUGGUUGAAGAAGAACAGACAAAGGACUGCAUUGGGGGAAUUGCUGAUAAUUUGUUUGAACAAAAGCAACAGAGUGAAGAAAUGCCCUUGGAUAACCAAGAGGCUAUUCAAUGGGGUGAAUCGUCAUUCAAUUUGUCUGAAUGGGGGGAUUCCCUGCAGACCGGAGAGCUGUAUCUUGACAAAUUGAACAAUGUAUUCAAAUGCGAUGAACAGUCAAUAAGUGUGCGAGCCAAUGCAGUGCAGGAUUUUGGAAAUGAUGGGGUUACGGAGUCGGAUGCCUUAAGAGAUCGGUCUUUGUUACAUCCCACAUUUAGUUUAAGUCCAGGAAUGCAGGAUAUUUUUGAUAAAUGGACCAGUAUGACGGAUCAAUGUGUAGCUUCACAAGAGGCAAAUGGCGAAAAGGGCUGUGAAGCCACUGAACAAAGCGUCGAAAGAGCAGCUCAGGAAAAGGAUUCAAACGUAGAAAUGGAUGUUAUAAGUGGGACCCAAUGUGAAUUACCACUUGGCCACAUCAAGACAAGGGUCUGCCAGUCUCCGUUUGAAAAGGACACAGUAAAAAAUCCCUCGAGAUAUCAGGUUGCUCGUACCCAUACUACGUUGAAUAGGGAGCCUGUUAUUUCCCGAGUAGAACUGAACUCAUCCACUGCUCAAUUGCCACUGGUCCUACAUUCUGAGGUUCAGCAAGACCCCCAAGGAGAUCUGGGCUCUGAUACAGAUUUAGAACCAGAAGCAUCUCUCAUCAACAGGAGUUUUUCCCUGCAGCUUUCCCAGGAUGCAUCACUCCAGGAAUGCAUUCCGAGCAGCGUGGAGUCCUUCUCUAUCAUUGACGUGACCAGUAACCUCAGCCUCUUCAAUACCUUCGUUAAAGAGUGGAAAACAAAGAGCAGGUUUUCAGUUGCCGUUUCAUGUGAGAAUAGAGGGCACAUGUUGUCACCUAGUUCUACUAUAGGUGGAAAGAUGAAAAAAGAGACACCUAUUCAGAAAAACAUUACAAGAAAUGAAUUUCCUGUUAAAGGAAAUGAAAGUCUGGCUGUUACUGGAAUAUCUGUGUGUUGGGGUGGAAAAGAUGCCUAUUACAUCUCACUACAAGAGGAGCAGACAAAUACAGGUAUCAGUGCAAGUUUGGCCCCUCCCCCCGUGGAUGAGAAUUUGACCAUCAGACAAAGACUAGAGCAGAUUCAGGCAUGUCUAAAACGAAGUAACCAGACAGAUGGUGCAAUUAUUACAUACAACUUUAUUGCGCUCUAUAAGACACUGCUUCUCGCCUGUGGGUUAUCGUUUGAGGGCAACUUUGAAGAUCCCAAGGUUGCUUGCUGGCUCAUGGACCCUAAUUCUAAGGAACGCACCCUUCACAACAUGGUCACCAACUUCAGCCCACAGGAGCUCCUGCUUUUGGAAGGCAUCAGCCCAGGCCUGGGGGUUCAGAGUCUGGGAAUGUAUGCAGACAGCAACCACUCGGGGCGCUACAGGGCGGCUAUCGAGUCUGUGCUUGUGUACGACAUCAUGACCCAGCUCUGUGCCCUCCUUCAAAGAGAGAACCUACUAGGUAUCUUCCGUUCAGUGGAGAUGCCCACACAGUACUGCCUUGUGCUGCUUGAGCUGAAUGGCCUUGGCUUCAGUACUUCGGAGUGUGAUGCGCAGAGGCACGUGAUGCAGGCCAAGCUCAGCACUCUGGAAUCGCAGGCCUACCAGCUAGCUGGGCACAGGUUCUCGCUCACCAACCCUGAAGACAUCGCUGAGGUUUUGUUUUUGGAAUUAAAGCUUCCACCAAAUGGAGACCUGAAUAUGCAGAAGAAUAAGAAAACUUUGGGCUACAACAGGCGUGCGACUAUGGGGAAGAGGGGUAGAUUGACCAAGGAGUUCAGUACCACAAAGAAUGUUUUGGAAAAGCUGAGAUCUGUCCACCCUCUGCCUGGUGUGAUUCUCGAGUGGAGAAGAAUCACAAAUGCUUUAAGUAAAGUGGUCUUUCCCUUGCAAAGACAGAAACGCUGGAACGAUGUCCUGAAAAUGGACAGAAUAUAUCCCGUAUCUCAGACUCACACAGCUACAGGCAGAGUAAGCUUUGUUGAGCCCAAUAUUCAGAACGUGCCGAAGGAUUUUGAAAUUCAGAUCCCAGCCAUUGCUGGGGACGCUGCUCCACCCCAGUGCAGUUCGGCCGCAGAAAUGUCACGGGGCAGAGGGUCAGAAUAUUAUCGCCAGUCAGUGGUGCCCCCAGGUAAAGCUGGUGAAGGGGAGAUGCCCUUUUCCGUCAGCAUGCGGCACGCCUUCGUGCCCUUUACGGGUGGGCUGAUCUUGGCUGCCGACUACUCACAGCUGGAGCUGCGCAUUUUGGCUCAUCUUUCCCGUGACCGACGCCUCAUCCAGGUAUUAAACAGUGGAGCGGAUGUCUUCAAAAGCAUUGCUGCUGAGUGGAAAAUGAUAGACCCAGAAUCUGUCACCGAUACCCUUCGACAACAAGCAAAGCAGAUUUGUUACGGAAUAAUCUAUGGCAUGGGAGCAAAAUCACUGGGAGAACAAAUGGACAUCGACGAAAACGAUGCUGCUUGUUACAUAGAAUCAUUCAAGUCCAGAUACACAGGAAUACAGGCCUUCUUGCGGGACACUGUGAAGAACUGCGAGAAAAGGGGCUACGUUCAGACAAUACUUGGCAGGAAGAGGUUUCUGCCAGCAAUAAAAGACUCAAAUGUGUACCUUCGGUCUCAUGCGGAGCGCCAGGCAGUCAACACUACGGUUCAGGGCUCUGCUGCCGACAUUGUGAAGUCAGCCACUGUAAACAUACAGUGCCGUCUGGUGGGGACCUUCCCCAGUGUGCCAAGGUCACACCAGCAUGCACCAGAAAGAGGCAACAGACAAGGCCGAGGUCCGCCUACACCCUAUCGGGGGGGCUUCUUCAUCCUGCAACUGCACGAUGAGCUCAUCUAUGAGGUUUCAGAAGAGGAUGUCAUUCAGGUAGCUCAGAUUGUGAAGAAGGAAAUGGAAUCGGUAAUGAAAUUGUACGUAAAACUGCAUGUCAAGGUUAAAGUAGGUGCAAGCUGGGGACAUCUCCAGGAUCUGGACAUCUAGAACAUAUUUAUUUUUACAGACUCACACAAUGUAUUUACUAUUUAUAAAAACGUAUGUAGUUUUUAAAAUUUUUAUUAUCAUGAACUCUGAAAAAUAUAUGAUAGGUUUUCAGAAAAUACUACCUCUGUCAGAAACUGAAAUUGAAAAUGUGUUUCUAAUGUUUAAAAAUUGACCUAUGCAAGAAAUAGUACUGAAUUUAAAAUAUAUAUAUAUAUUUGAAAUACA